AUGCUAUUAUCACAAAGGAUAUUUUCUCGACGUGUCCAUUUGAACCGGGGAAUUUGCACGCCCAGAGGACAUCAAUUUUAUUUCCGACCGACUUCACAUUCCACACGUGCAGCAUGCACACCACUUUCUUCCCGACCAUAUGCUACAGCUUCGGAUUCUAGUCGUUGGCCUUUCGAAUCUGUUCCAACCUGUCUGGAACUCAAGUCACGUCCACUAGGAUGGGAGGCUAUACAAAACAAAGUGGAUCCAUACUUCGGUCAAAAUUGGAAGUUUUACCCGAUCGUACUCGAUGAUCGAGUCGAGCUAACGGGACGAAUGCUUUACCUGGUUAUGUUGACUGAUGAUCAGCUGGAGAAGAUGAACAUGUCCGGAAUGCUGCCCUACCGAGAGCGGGUAAUGAAGAUAGCACAUGGCCAACAACCUCCUAAUAGAGGAUCUUGUCUUGAAUGGAUGCUUUAUGAAACAUUGAAUCUUAUUAGAGGCAUGGAUGAGGCUUUGACGAAUGAUCUCUUUCAAGGAAUUUGCACUCUCCUCCAAGGCCAGACAGCCGAGGACUGCCUAUCUGUCAACACCUCGGUCCAUAUCUGGAAUUCAGAGAAAUUUGUGGCGAGAUUGAACCUCCUCCCUGAAGAGCUGGAGCAAACCACCGCCCUUGGAAGCACUACUUUCAGAUUCGUUGGUGUCUUGAACGAUAUCUACAGCUGGGAGAUGGAAUGGCCAGACUAUCGAGAAAACAAGACGAUGGGGCACAUCCUUUCUCUGUCAUUUACAUUUUCGCGCAUGAAACAGACUGAUGCACAUGUACUGUCGGAACUAGACCUGUCCUUCAGACAGUGCAGCGAGGAUAUCAGACACAAGAAUCAUGAGAAUCUGCGACCUGAGAUGUCCAAUUACAUCGAAAGCCUGGGGUAUUUCAUGAGUGGAAUCGAGUCAUGGUCGAAAUGGACACCGCGAUAUUGA